CAUAACCUAUUUUUUGAAUUUUAAGGACAUGGCAACAACAAAAGAAAAAUUAACGUAUAGUUGUAAAUUAGGACUCCUUACGCGUCCCGAUGGAUCAGCACUUCUUAGUGAAGGUAACACAACAGUAGUUGCUGGUGUUUAUGGACCAGUAGAAGUAAAAUUACAGAAACUUUUAAAUGACAAAGCCUCAGUGGAGUGUCAUUAUAAACCAAAAAGUGGAUUAGCAGGAGUUGAAGAUAGACUGUAUGAAUCACUCAUAAGAAAUGUAUGUGAGACAGCUUUAUGUGCUUCAUUAUACCCCCGCACUUCUAUUUUAAUAGCAAUACAAGAAAUUCAAAACAGUGGACAGUUAGUAUCUUGUGCCAUUAAUGCUGCAUGUCUAGCGUGUUUAAAUGCUGGUGUAGACAUGAAAUUCAUGUUUGCUGCCGUAACAUGCUACUUGAAUGCAAAUGACGAGCUAACAUUAUCGCCGCCCAUUUCAGAUAAAGAAAUCAAAUCGCGAUUUUUAUUUGCUUUUGAUUCCUGUGAAGGUAGAAUAUUAGCUUCACAUACCAAGGGAUCAUUUUCUGAAGAUCAGUUCGACGAAGCUCUUAGAUUAAGUAAAGAAGGAAGUGAGAAUGUUUUUAAUUUUUUUAAAAGCGCUGUUAAUUUAAAUUAGUUUAUUUUAAUUAUACAAUGAUAUUUUUU